GGGAUAACUGUGGUUCAUAUUGGACAACGUUACAGCAAAAAAUAGUAUCUGAACACCUGAGAGGGUGGUAGGGAGAGCUUCAGCUCCUUAGAGAGUAAAACUUCCCUUCCUGUUCCAUCGUGCCAGGCUUUGAAGAGAAGCUGCCAGUUACAGAUGAGAUGACGCUUGGGAGGACAAAGACACCGUGGAUGCCUAGACUGGUGGUAAGCUGGGUUGUGCUUUGUACCUGUCUACCACCCCUCUCCUUUCACCACACAUCAGCUGUCAAUCUGCGGCAGUUCAUUGGAUGUGCAGUUCGGGAAUUUACCUUUCUGGCCAAGAAGCCUGGCUGCGGUGGCCUGCACAUCACUACGGACGCCUGCUGGGGGCGCUGUGAGUCAUGGGAGAAGCCAGUCCUGGAGCCCCCUUUCAUAGAGUCCUACCAGCGAGUUUGUACCUACAACAUGACACGUCUGGUAACAGUGAAACUACCCAACUGCAAGCCCAACAUUGACUCAACAUACACCUAUCCUGUGGCCCUAAGAUGUGCCUGUGGCUUUUGUCUGACAAGCACCACUGAAUGCAUAACAUCUGUCUGACAUGCCGUCAAAACCAAUUUGUUCUACUUAACUCUUCCUUGUUGUUCAAUUGCUUAUUUGGUACCUUUCAGUUAAACCUUUGUUCACUUCAGUUAAUUUUUUUUUCAGAUUACGUGAAUUAAAUUUAUAGCCAAAAUUACCAUCUGAAACAAUCAAGUUCAUUCCAUGUUAAAUUAACAUGGUUACUAAUUUUCUGAACAGGACAAUGGAGCCUUGCACAAAGUUACUGGCUGAUAGAUGUGUCCAAACUGUUGGACUUACACAGAACCAAACUACCAUGGACAUACAGACUUUCUUAGGCUAGUUUAGACUUUAGACAACUUAAUCACUUUACUGUGGUAACCACAACUCCACUGUUGGACCAUCACAAAGACUAUGUCUUUUCCAGUGUGAUGAAACUAUGUCUCCCAGCAUUCUUGGUGGCGCUGAGCUCAUGGAUCGAGGCUUUAUAAGAUAAUGUGAUCGGUUUUCCUUCGUCUUCUUCUCAGACGAAAGAAAACCUCAGCUCAGAGAGAAAAAGCAAAUCGAUAAAAUAGAAAUCAUAUUGAU